AUGCUGAAGUACACCGGAGCGCUCGAGUUCUACAGCCAUCGCAUUCUGCCCGUCUGCUGGGACCCGGUGUCAAGGCGGGUGAUCUGCGCCGCCCUUCACUACGGCCAGGGGCGAGCCUUUGCUGUGGCCAGUCAACAGUGGAGUUCUCGUUUUCUGGAAGUGCCCGACGAACGACCCGACAUUCACGAGGCCAUCAUGGCCUGGCUGACUCGAGUUCGAGCCCGUCCCCGACUCAGUCUACCCGACGACAAUCGGCACAUCGUCUCCUGUCGUCGCGGCGCCAACUUGGACCAACUGCUGACCGAGGCUCGUCGCAUUGUCGUCAUCUUCUAUCCCGACUGUACCGUCUCUCGGCUCGACGAGUUUGUGCAUCGCUUCCGCUGGGGCCAAUUCGGUCUGAUUCUGGCCGGAGCCGGUUGGAGCAUGCGAACUCGUCGCAAUCUCGCCUUCACCCAACUUGCCGAUCGACUUGAGUUGACCUUUCCCCCGGUGGUCGUGGUACCGCAGGACACCGCGUAUCCCGCCAGCCUCUUCACGCGUCACCAGCACGGCUUGGGCCCCGUUUCGCUCGACCUCGCUCUGAUGCGGGCCACGCGCAGUCUGGCUCUCUUCGACACCGCCCAGCCCGAUCUGCCCGACACUGGACAACUGUCGGCGCCCCAGCGACGCUUGAUCCAGAGCGAGUCGACCAGUUCUCUGAUCGCCAAUCUCUUGACGCGCUAUUCCUCCCUCAUGGACUACGUGGCGCCGUGUCCGAGUCGGCCGUUUCGCGGCCUCACUCGUGGACAGCCCAGCCUCCCACUGCCUCAUCGACACGCCAUCCUCAACUUCAACCGGUUGGUGUUCGCGCCCAGCCUCCGCUACACCGGCCUCAAGCUGCCGGGAGUCUCACAGUUUCCCGGCGACUUUCCAACUCGUCCGGCCCACGGCCUGCGGACAAGUCAACUCUUCCUCGAGGUGAAUCACACCGUGUCCGGCGAGAAACACACCACCGGAUUUUAUGCGCCCGCCGGUGCCACCUUCGAGUACGAAGUGGCUUUCGUGGAGCCGCCGGGCGGCAGUGAAGAUGAGCCGAUCGGCUGGAGCCUCGAGAUCGGCUGUCAUACCGACCGCCUCGAGCCGCUCGCCCGAUGGGAUCGAUUUCCCGUCAUCACACAUCGCGUUCCCCUCGAACUGCACGGCGUCGUCUUCACUCCCGUCGGCGGUGUCGUCUUCCUCUCGAGCAGCCUGUCGUCGUCUCAUCUCAUCAUUCACUUCUACGGCCUUCAGGAGCACGCUUUGAUGCAUCUUCGCGACAAUCUCAGUCUGUCCGACUGGGCCGCCGGCAGAUGGCGCUACAACCUGGCUCCGUGGUCCGAGAUCCUCGGCGACGCCGUCGCCUUCUGUCUGCCCACCAGUCUGGUACGUUCGGCCAGUCUCGACUAUCUCAUCCGAUUGACACGAGACACCUGGGACCGGGUCGUCAAGGCCGACUACAACUUUCGCGGUGACUCCUGGCGCUCAGAACGCCGACAACGAGUCACUCUCGAUGUGCAAUUGAUGGUGGGCUCGGGUCACAACGGCUACCCCAUCGUGGGAUCGCUCAACUGGUUCGACAGUAUUUGGAAUUUGACUCGCAUUCGUGCCAUCGGUUCGUGGGGCCUCUGCCACGAAAUUGGGCACAAUCUGCAGCGCAGCUGGUGGACCAUGCCCGGAUUCACGGAGGUGACAAACAAUGUCAUGUGUCUGAUGAACUACGAGCUUGUCUUUGGCUUCGCUUCCCUUCAGCCCAGCCUAAAGAGCCUCACUUCAGUCAAAUCGGCCGCCGGCUCCGGUACCAGUGCCAGUUCCGAUGGUGCCAACGGCGAGUUGGAUACCGAGGUUGCUGAAGCGCUGUCCUAUUUGAAGCGCGGAGAUGCCUACACCAACUGGUCGCCGAACAUCGGAUUGCAGUACUUUAUCCAUCUCAUCAGUCACUUUGGUCUCGGCCUAAUCAGCAAUGCUUGGGUCAACUAUAAUCAGUUUCCGGUGAAACCGCGUGGCCUCGACAAUUGGACUCUCAUCCUUUCAAAAGAGGCUGGCCACAGUCUGGUCGGAUUGCAUGAAUUCUGGGGUCUCCCGACCGGCCAGACGACGGCAGCACAACUCUCCAAACUGCCUUGUUUUCUACCGGACGACUGGAUCACACAACAGGUGACCGACAGACUGGCCAAAAUCAGGCGACACCAGAAUCAGACCUGCGUUACUCGAGUCUCUAAGAUAGAGCCAGUCAACAAACUGACGAAUGGUUUCUAUGAGUUACUGCCGAAGGACUUUUGGCGACUCGACCCGGCGCCUUCAGAAAACUGGCCAACUCCACGAAGACUAAAUGACUAG